UGAGAGGUCAAAUAUUUUGCCCUUUUUCCCUCCUUUCCAAUUCACUCUAGCCUCUCUCUCUCUCUCUUAAGUCUGAAGUGAAGCCAUGUUGGGUUGGCUCUUUCUGCUUUCAAAUCUCAACGUAAACCACUGAAAACAUUCGAGUUUUUGUUUCCAAUCUCCUCUGUUCGUUCUCGUUGAGUCAUAUUUCUUUUCCAUCCUUUCUCCUUUUACCUUGGAGAAGGUUUUGAAGUUUUGAAGCCAUGGAAGGUCCCGGAGCAUACAAUCCUCGAACGGUUGAGGAGGUUUUUAGGGAUUUUAAGGGCCGAAGAGCCGGCAUGAUCAAAGCUCUCACUACUGACGUUGAAGAAUUCUUCCAGCAGUGCGAUCCUGAGAAAGAAAAUUUGUGCCUGUAUGGAUUUCCUAGUGAGCAGUGGGAAGUCAAUUUACCUGCGGAAGAGGUGCCUCCAGAGCUUCCCGAGCCUGCAUUGGGUAUUAACUUUGCCAGAGAUGGAAUGCAAGAAAAAGACUGGUUGUCUUUGGUUGCAGUCCAUAGUGAUGCAUGGUUACUUGCUGUUGCAUUUUAUUUUGGUGCUAGAUUUGGAUUUGAAAAAAAUGACAGGAAACGCCUCUUUAGUAUGAUAAAUGAUCUCCCAACAAUAUAUGAGGUUGUGUCAGGAACUGCAAAGAAACAAGUAAAGGAGAAGACUUCGGUCUCAAAUCAUAGCAGCAACAAAUCCAAACCAAUAUCCAAACCGCGAGCCUUUGAACCCCCCCGGGCCUCUGAACCCCAGGGCAAAAUUUCAAAGGGAGGUCUGCCAAAGGAAGAUAAUGAAGGAUUUGAUGAUGAAGAUGAGGAGGAGCAUGGAGACACACUGUGUGGGGCAUGUGGGGAGAACUAUGCGUCAGAUGAGUUCUGGAUUUGCUGUGACAUUUGCGAGAAGUGGUUCCAUGGCAAGUGUGUGAAGAUCACCCCUGCUAGGGCUGAGCAUAUCAAGCAGUACAAGUGUCCCUCAUGCAGCAACAAGAGGGCUCGUCAAUAGGAAACCAGGUUCUUUUCUCUGUGAUGCCCGGCUUGCGGCAUCAUGUGGAUUGAGUACUUUAAUUUUGGGGAUAUGACUUUGGGAUGAUAUUUUACUUUUAGGUCUUUCAAAAAAUUUCCCCUCAUUUGAUAUAAUUAGGUAUUUUCCUUCAUUAGGAAAUUGUCAUCUAUCAGUAAGAUGAUGAUGAUGAUGAUGAUGCAGAUCAUUUAUACUUGAUACUGAUUGAUCUACGUGUUCAUAUUUAGUCUUCUUUGUUUUUUCA